UUUUUUUUUUUUUAAUGAAAUUACCAAACUGUGAUGGAACCAUCCAGAACCAUCCAAUUUGGCGCUUCUCUAAAUGGACUUCCUACCUUCUCGACGUGACCCGCAGGGCUCCAAAAAAUCCGGAUAUAUUUUUGGGCUGUUGUUGUUCAACACACGUUCUGUGAUCCGGAGUUUCGUUUUUAAAAUCUUUAAAGUGUGUAAAACAGUCUCCGAGGCGAUUUCGGGGUGAUUUCCCAUAAGCGGUCUCUUCAUUGGGGAUCUAUCUAGGAGGGUCUGUCGUUGUCUGUGAACUGGAAAUCGGUUUUACGCGCAGGAAGAAAGAAAAAAAAAAAUCGACAUAAAAAACGUCAUGAUGAUGAUUUUGGGCUGUCGGGUGCGGAUUUCUUUUCGAGACUAGAGCGGUCCCGUAAUUGAAAUAUAUAACAGACUUUUUUUGUUUUUUUUUUGCUCUGAAAAACUUUCUCCCUUUAACGUGAAGACUUUUUCUACCGCCGUCGCCGUCGCAAACCCACGCACACGGUUGCCGAUUUCCCGGACAGCCUCGUCCCCGGAACCGAUGUGAGCCGGUCGCGUGAGCCAGCAUGCCCCCGGGGCUCCCCGCGAACUGCACCUGGGACGAGAUCCGUAACGCCAGCCGGCCGGGCCUCGACCCGGAGCCGCCCCCGCUCAACUACUACAGCCCGCCCCUCCUCGCGCUCAUCACGGCGGCGUGCGCGCUGCUGUCCCUGGUGGGCGUGACCGGCAACGUCUUGACCAUCGCGGUGGUGGCCAAAUAUCGCGAUAUGCGCACCACCACCAACUUGUACCUGUGCAGCAUGGCCGCGUCCGACCUGCUCAUCUUCCUGUGCAUGCCGCUCGACCUCUACCGCAUGUGGCGCUACCGCCCGUGGCGCCUGGGCGACGCGCUCUGCAAGCUCUUCCAGUUCGUGUCCGAGUCGAGCACCUACUCGACCAUCCUGAGCAUCACGGCGCUGUCCGUGGAGCGCUACGUGGCCAUCUGCUUCCCGCUGCGCGCCAAGGCCCUGGUGACCAAGCGGCGGGUGCGCGGGCUCAUCCUGCUCCUGUGGUGCGUGGCCACGCUGAGCGCGGGGCCCGUCUUCGUCAUGGUGGGCGUGGAGCGGGACCAGCCCAACGGCACCGACGCGCCGGCGCCGGAGGAGGACACGCGGGAGUGCAAGAUGACGCACUACGCCGUGGAGUCGGGCCUGAUGGGCGCCAUGGUGUGGCUGAGCUCCGUCUUCUUCUUCAUGCCCGUCUUCUGCCUCACGGUGCUCUACAGCCUCAUCGGCCGCCGCCUGCGGCGCCGCCGUCGCGGGACCGACGUCGGCUCGUGCGUGGCGCACCGGGACAAGAGCCACCGGCAGACCGUCAAGAUGUUGGUGGUGGUGGUUCUGGCCUUCGUCCUGUGCUGGCUGCCGUUCCACGUGUGCCGCUACCUGCAGUUCCGCUCGCUGGACGCGCCGUCCCCGCUGCUGUCCGCCCUGUCCGAGCACUGCAGCCUGCUGUCGGUGGUUCUCUUCUACCUGAGCGCCGCCAUCAACCCCAUCCUCUACAACACCAUGUCCUGGAAGUACCGCGGGGCGGCGGCGCGCCUCUUCGGCCUCGGCGGCCAGCGGCUGCCUCGGACCCGCACCGCCAGCGCGCUGAAGGCCGUGGCGGACGGCUGGACGGAGUCCAGCGUCAGCUUCUAAAGCCUCGGGUGGGCCGGCCGGCCAAUCGCGGGGCACAUCGAUGAGCCACCUUUCAUACUCGCAUUCACACUUAAGGACAAUUUAGAGUCUUCACUGAACCUGAUAUGCACGAUUUUUCUUUUUCUUUUUCUUUUUAAAUGCCGGAGAUGAAAACGCAGCCCGGAUUCGAACCAACAACUUCAGAACUCAAGCAGAUCGCUUGAUCACUAUUCGCUUGCACUCUUAUGUGUCGCUCAUAAAGCUAUUGACCUUGCACGCCUGUCCGCUGUAAAAAUCUACUGCGGCCCUUGAACGCAACAGUUUGGCUGGGUUCAAUGAACGACAUCACGUCACAUUGCAACCAGCGAUACGUUUCACACACUUUCGAACCCGUUCAUAAACUUUGCUCGAGUUCUACAGUAUUUCUUUUCUGGAUGACAACGAAAGCACUGUAGAAGUCGUGACUCCACCGUUUGCGCGUGCUCUAUUAUUUCCUGCCGUUGUGUGCCAGUAAUGUGCAGUUUGACAUUAUCAAGAAUCCUGACAUAAUCUUUGACUGACCCCCACAGGGGGGAAUUCAAGAGUCAUUUUAUAUAUAUUUUUUUGUCUUAAUGUAGCAGUUGUUGCCCUCUGUUACCUAAAAUAUACUUAUUCAUUUAUCUCAUUAAAUAAUUGUAUUGAUUCAU